CAGGAGUUAAAGUCUCAAGUUCGAAAACGGAAACGGACAACUGAAGCAGCGCCGACGGCAGAGCCAGAACUGCAACCUCAACCGCCUACCAAAUGCCAAAAACGGUUACGACGAUCACGCAGCAAGACGCCACCAGAGUUCUGGGACAAUCUUUCGCGGGUGCCCCUCUGUCGUCGCGCUCUUCGAGAGUUCAAUCGACGGGCAGUCCGGCCUAUUACCUCGAAACAGCGAGCAGAGUCUGUCGUUAAAGGCGAUCUCGUCAAACAGCUCAAGCGCUUUGCCCGACGUGGUGGUCCAGACCUUCGCGAUAUCCGAGGAUACCCAGAACAGGAAGCACAAGUCAAGAUGAGCUCAGGACGUGCUCUAUCCGACAAGGGUACCGACCGGUCUAGCACGGUGAACUCGAACACGCGGGCGACGUCAAUCUCGUCAAAAGGUCCGGCCUUUGAGCAGGCACUUAUUGAUAAGGGGAUAUAUCCAUACAACCGAGGACCCAAACCAAACAACUGGGAGGACAUACAAGAGCGGCUGGCACAACCUAGGCCAUCUUUAUCACCCUCUCAGUUCUCCGAUGGGGCCUUCGAGGAAUUCCAGCUGAAGAACGAAGAGGCCAUGACCGAAGCUGAAGUAAUGAGCCAAGUCUUCCCGAUCAUCAGAGGCAAGGCCAACAUACCAUCCGGCUACAAUCAGUUGUUCAAUAACCUCAAGCCACUCGGCGACCGCAUUUCGAACGCAAAACCAGACUACUACAAUGGCUCUCGCCCAACGCAGAUCCGCUCCGAAGUGCGGGAUGACCUUGCACCAUACAUCAUCCCCACGAGCCAGCGACACAGGCCGGCACUUCCAAACUUCUUCCUAGAAGCGAAGGGGCCAGACGGGAAGGCGUCAGAGGCCAAGCGCCAGAUCACGCAGGAUCUCGCGUGUGGAGCCCGCGGCAUGCACAAGAUGCAGUCGUACGGACUGGACGAGCCUGAGUGUGACGGAAAUGCCUACGCAUUCGGGUCGACCUACCACAGCGGGACCGGCACAUUGCAGUUGUAUACGAUGCAUCCGACCGAACCGGUAGAGCAGGACGGGCAGCCCGAGUACUAUACAACCCAGGCGAGGGCGUUUGCUUUGACCGAUAAUCCGGAUAGUUGCCGGCAAGGCCUGCGUGGCUUCCGGAAUCUGCAAGAUUUGGCGAAGGAAACAAGAGGAGAAUUCAUUGCGCGUGCG